AUGAUUAUUUUACCACUUAUACUUAAAUCACAAUGGGAAACUGUUAGAUUUCUUGUUGAAGAUGAUAAAAUACUUCAAAUAAUUGAUGAACUUAUUUCAACAGAUAAAACAAUUGUUCGUCGUUUAUUUGCACAAUGUUCAAUAAAUAUAUGUGCACAUUAUAUUGAUAGAUAUAGUUUAAAACGUGCUGCAAGAAAAUUUAUUAAACAAUAUAAUUUUAAUUUACAUGAUUUUUCUAAUUUAUCAACACAAGAAAAGAUAAGUUUUCUUAAAACUCUUUUUGUUAGAAAAUAUUUAGAAAGAAAAACUAAUGAUCAUGAUGAAAAUGAUCAAUCAUGGAAUGCACAAAUUAAAGAAUUAAUACAAAAUAAUCAUGAUUUACAAAUAAAAUCAGUUGAUUUAUUUGUUGAUUAUACUGAUAUUGAUUCAGCUGUUGAAUGGGCACGUUAUUAUAAUCUUAAAGAUUUUGAAAUACCUGAACAAGUAAAUCUUCGGCGUCAAGAAAUUAUUAAUGGUAAACAAAGAAGUCAACCUAUGUUAAUUAAACCAUCAAUUUGUGAUUCUCGUUGUGAUGUUGGUUCACAUUUACCAUUUGUUGAUUUUGAUUGUGAAACAUUUAUGAAUCCAACACAACGAACACUUAAUUCUCAAAUAAUUUCAAUUGUACAAUUAGCAACUGAUUUUGCUCAACAACUUUUUUGUUCACGAGAUUUUAUACUUUUAAAAUAUAAUUAUGCUGGUGAUACAUCAUUUCUUAUUGAAAAUUAUCCAUCAAUAAGUGAUGCACUUAUGCAAGGAACAGCUAUUAUUGAUUUAUUUCGUGUACAACAAUAUGUAAGUUCUUUUUAUGAGUUAUAUGAAUUCCAUGGUCGAUCAGAAACAUUAUCAUUUGAAAGUGAAUUUAAUACUAUUUGUUCAACUCUCGCAUCUAAUGAUGCACUUUUACUUAUUAUUAACGAGACUGGUCGAGGAUAUUUAUAUAAUGUCAAAUGUCGUACAUUGAUUGGUAUUCAUCGUUUUGGACAUGAUGUGCAUACAAUCAAAUUCAGUCCUGAUUCCAAAUCUGUAGCUGUUUGUCGUAGUAAUCGAUAUGAAUUCUAUACUUGUCCCGGUACUGAUCGCCAAUUCAAUUUGUUUACAUUAAAAUGUAUUCUUCGUUCAUUUCAUGAUAAAACAAUAUUUAUCAAUUGGACAAGUGAUUUUCUUGUUCUGGCUAUUAUUAGUGCAGAUAUGAUAACUCAAAUAUUUAGUGUCCCUUUACGAGAUAAAUUACAUCGAUUUAUAUUAGUCAGUCAUGUUUGUGAAAUAGUUGGCGCUUUUUUUGAACAAGAUUCAUUGAAUGCUGCUGAUAUGGAUUUAGCAUCUAUGGAAUCAAUACCAUGUAUACUUGGUGAAAAUGAUGACCAAGAAAUUCCGACAUCAUCAAAUGGUCAUGUUGAUAGAAAUGAUGAUGAUAAUGAUAAUGAAGAAUUAGAUGAUGUUGUUGAACGAGAACGAAUUAAACUUUUAGCAAAAACAAAAACAUUUAACUAUAAAGAAACAUUUGAAGGUGCUGAUCAUGGUGCUUUACUUCUUUGUGCUGACCAUCAAAAAACACAUAUGUUAGUAGCAGGAUUUUCAAAUGGACAUUUUUAUCUUCAUGAAAUGCCUAAUUUUAAUAUUAUUCAUUCUUUAAGUAUUGACGAUCAAAAACAAAUGAUAGCAUCAGUAUUAUUCAGUCCAUUAGGUGAUUGGAUUGCAUUAGUUUGUCAAAAUCUUGGUCAACUUGUUGUAUAA